GUUAUCGUCUCUUAUCUCAUACCACGACCUCGACCAACAAUUGCUCGCGCAUUAUGCAUUUCCGCGCUCCGGAGAUAUGUGAAUGACAUGAUUGCUUCUGCCGCCUGCUGUGUACCUGAUCUUGGAUUAACAAAAACAAUGCAGCCCCUCAAUCGCACGGCACUUCUUGUGCUUGCAUACCUAACCCACAAUAAGGAACCAACAUGGCAGCACCAAAUGGAACGAGCGAUUCGGAACAUUUCUCACCAUAUAGACCGGAUGGUAAACUUUACGGCUUUGUCUGUGUAGUCACAGGCGCAGCUCAGCCUGUGGGAAAGGCAAUCGUUGCUGAGCUUGCAGCUCACGGCGCGGCGUGCAUAUACGCCUGCUCCUCUCUCCCCGAUGAGCCUUACGCCGAGCUUGCCUCUAGCAUUAAUGCUCAGUACCCCAAUACCAAAGUGAUCGGCUACCCCUACAAGAUCACCUCGGAAGAAGACACGCUCGCGCUCAUCGACGACGUGCUCAACUCCUGGGGCCGCCUCGACAUCUGGACGUCAUCGACCGGCCUCCUCGGUCCACCAUCAAUCACCACCACCAGCCCCAAAGACCUCUAUGCUGCCUUCGAAACAAAUGCCAUGCCCGCUUUCUUCGCGCUCAAGUACGCACCAGCUGCUAUGCAGAAGACCACACCAAAGGGCAGCUACCCUAAUGCCGCGCCAAAGGAUGCUCCAUAUGGGAGUAUCAUUGUGGUUACCUCCGUUGCAGGCACGUACGGCGGGUGCUGGGCGCCUGCGUUCACAAUGGCAUCGCACGCCGCGCUCGGCGUGGUGAAGUCCGGCGUGACAGUACUUAAAGGCACAGGCGUACGAAUCAACGCUAUCGCAGCCGGACAGAUCGAUGUGGGCGUGGAUCUCAGAGGUAGUGGGUUGAAGGAGAUGGAGAGUGGGCAGUUUCCGCCUGCGGCGCUGCAGGACAAGGACGUCCAGAAGAGGACUAUUGGGCUUGAGAGGGCGGGCAGGCCGGAGGAGGUGGCAAGAGUGGCUGGCUUUUUGGCUAGUGGCUUUAGUAGCUAUAUUACGGGAGCGGAGAUGAGGGUUGAUGGUGGUGCUGGGGUAAUGAACCCGCUGACAGUGCCUGUGUAGAAGCCAAUGGA